AGUAUGGUGUAGUAGUCUAUACUGUAUUUGUAUUAAAAUUUCAAAUUCUUUGGUUUGUAGUUUGGUUGUUACUUUGCUUAAUUUAGAUGUUAAAGUGUAAUACGUAAGUUAUAUAUAUAUAUAUAUACUUGCGUUGUGGCUUUACUACAUUAAUUUUUUUAAAAAGAAGUACACUGUGUUAACUUAAAGUUUAUACCUAAUAUCAGUUAAUGUGAGAUGGGUGACACACGGAAAAUUAAGAUUGGAAUAAUCGGGGGCUCAGGGUUCGAUGACCCCGAUCUCUUCAAGGACCCCGUCGAGAAAUGCGUUUCCACUCCCUUCGGAAACCCUUCCGACAUCCUGCUCGAAGGGUUCAUCAAGGGCGUACCUUGUGUCAUACUUGCAAGGCACGGCAGAAAGCACCAGUUUCAACCCAGCGACAUAAAUUACCGCGCCAAUAUAUGGGCUCUGAAGACAGUGGGGUGUACUCAUAUCCUGGCCACAACAGCCACUGGCAGUCUGCAGGAGAACUACGCGCCGGGUACACUCGUUAUUGUUGACGACUUUAUUGACAGGACUUGGGGUCGCGCCUGUACCUUCUACGACCGCACGCCCGGCGGCCCCAAGGGCGUGUGCCAUUUACCCAUGAGCCCCGCCUUCUGUGAGGUUACGCGCGGCGCCCUGUGCGAGGCUGCUCGUGCGAGAGGCUAUCCGUGCGAGACCUCUGGGACCGUUGUCACCAUACAAGGACCUAGGUUUUCCAGUAAAGCCGAAAGCCUGAUGCACCGGCAAUGGGGCGGCCAUCUUGUCAACAUGACCACAGUGCCAGAGGUGACUCUAGCAAAGGAAGCUGGUCUGAGCUACGCGGCUCUCGCUCUAGUCACCGACUACGACUGUUGGCGGGAGAAUGAGAAAUCGGUGUGCGUGAGCGAUGUCUUAGAAGCCUUCGGGAAGAACGUCAAGAAAGCUGCCGAUGUGAUUCUGGACGCGAUACAGAUCCUGGCGGCGAGAAGUGAUCACUCCUAUCUGGACACCUGCCAAGAGCUGGUAUCAUCUUCUAUAAUGCUGAAGGAAUGAUUGGAAAAGCGUAACUUAUUGUCACACACAAUAAACAAACAAAAUAAAAGAGGUUCCACUGAU